GGCGAGACGCCCGUUUGGGGCGCGUUCACGGAGCCGUUCCCAGCGAUGCGCGGUCCCGCUUCCGGAAGCGUAUAGUGCGGGCGGCUCCGCUCUCCGAUCGCCAUUCUAGUCCCACGGAGUGCAGCGGUAGGAGCACUUUGCGCUUAGAGCUCAGAACAUGGCUGAACACGAGCCCACCCCAGAGCAGCUAGCCGCCAUUGCUGCGGAGAACGAAGACACGGAGUCUGUGAACUACCGGGCUCCGGCCCAGAAGUCCCUGCAGGAGAUCCAGGAGCUGGAUAAGGACGAUGAGAGCCUGCGGAAGUACAAAGAGGCCCUGCUCGGCUCGGCGCCUAAGGCUGCAGAUCCCAGUGUCCCUAAUGUGCAGGUGACACGGCUGACCUUGGUUUGUGACGCUUCCCCUGCUCCCCUGACACUUGACUUGCAGGGUGAACUUGAUGCAUUGAAAAAGCAGUCCUUUGUGUUGAAGGAGGGAGUGGAGUACAAGAUAAAAAUUAAUUUUAAGGUGAACAAAGAGAUUGUCUCUGGGCUCAAGUAUGUUCAGCAGACCUUCAGGAAAGGAGUAAAGAUUGACAAGUCUGACUACAUGGUGGGAAGCUACGGGCCGCGAGACACCGAGUAUGAGUUUCUAACUCCCAUGGAGGAGGCGCCGAAGGGCAUGCUCACCCGCGGUACCUACAACAUCAAAUCCAAGUUCACUGACGACGACAAGCACGACCACCUCUCUUGGGAGUGGAACCUAAACAUCAAGAAGGACUGGAAAGAUUGAGCUGCCCUCAGAAUCAUCAUCUUCCCUCUUGUUUCCUAGUCCCACCCCCAACACAUGCACACUUGCUUAACUUCAGUAACCACCAAGUUUCCUUCUCUCUCUCUCUCUCUUCCCCUCCCCCCAUUUUAUACCUUGCUCUUAUGUGCCCCAAAGCAUCCAGUGCUUCUCAGCUGUUGUCCAUGCUACUUGAAGGAAAAACCAUUCCUUUCCCCUCCCAACAAAAAAAAAAAAUGGCGUCUUCCACAGAAAACAUGGAAGCUUUUUUUGAUAGGUUUGUGUAGGAGAAAAUACUGGCCUACCCCAGCCUUUGUGUUUUGGUGGGUGUUUGUUUAAAGGAUAUGAAGACACAUGAACAGAUGGUGAUUUUUUUUUUAACCAUUGCACUCAUUCACUCAUUUUAACAUGACGAUGUUUUUCUGUUUCCCUAAUCAUUCCCUGCCUCCAAACCCCUCCCCAAUCCUUUUUUCCACAUUCCUAUUUCAUGCUGGAUGUAUUUUUUUUUUCUCUAAAUCAAGAACUGCCUUCCUUAGUAUUUAAUGAUUGCGAGGGAUGUGCUGUAUUGGUUACACUGUUCCUUAACAUGUAUUUUCACUUUUUCCUUGUGGUCUGGGGAUCACAGGAGUUUUAAACAGGCUCCUUCUCUGCCUUAUACUGAAUGAUUGAAACAGGGACAGACAUGCUUGAGAAGUGUAAAUGUUCAUGUACACGGGGUUCAAGAUUUUUACACAGCUGUCCAGCCAAGAUAUCGAGGUUUGAGUCGUGCUGAGGACCGCAGAUGCCUCUUUGAUGUUCAGUCCAUUCAUUUCUUUUGAAAUCUGUUAAAGGCUGCUGCAAGAACCAACUGACAACUGAUCCCAGCUCUGUUCAAAUUAAUUUCAUGCAGUGAGGGGCAGUGAAAUACAAAGGCCUCUUGCUGCCUUCCUCCUUUUCUGCCUCUUACAGGACAAACACACCACCCUGUAAAGUGUAGUCAAGCCUCUAGGUAUCUCGUCCCACAAUUACAGCUGAAAGAUAUGAUCAGCAAUGAUUUAGCGUGGUAGUCAGUACUCUGCUGUCAUGUGGCCUUAAUGGAGACUCGAGUUGCUAAACAAUGAGAGAUUACAUGUAAUGAGAUUACCUUUGCCUUAGCACUGCACCUCAUUACCCAGAUGGUGGGCUCUCAGACCCUUAGGGUAAAAAGGGCAAAAUGUGGAAGAUCUGGCAAGAUCACCAUCUGCUGCUGACAACCAUGAUGGUGAUUGCCUCGAUCUGUUAUAGCAGUCUUUCCCAACCCUACCCUCGGGCACCCCCUAGCCGCUCCACAUUUUUGCCCCCUCCCAGCUCCCUACUGGUUUCGGAAACACUGCAUUAUAGAAACCGGUGCAAGAGAAUCCAUACUUUAAAGAUGUGGGUUGAAGACCUUUUGCCCUCUGCGCAUGAGAAGUGACCGUUUAAAAGUGACUUUUGCACAGCCUGGAAGGUGUUUGUUAAUGACUGACUAGUAGAUGAGUAUGCAAGCUUUCUGAAUUGCCAGAACUGCUAUAGAAAGGGUUAGGGCUACCAGUGAUGACCAGACUUGUUUGGCAUAAUUGUUGUGCUACCUCAGCGUGUAUUAAUGAAAGUAGAGGCUGUAUUUAGCGGGUUGCAUGUAUCACACACCCAGAAAUGCAGAUAGAAAUGCUUAUCGUUUGUGAUCCUUUUAUCAUUGUUUUUGUGAGACAUCUGGUGUGAAGCUUUCAUCUUUCGGAGUGCUCUGAGAUGCUGUAUGCUGAAGUAUUUGUUGUAGGUUGGAGGCUUACUUUGUUAAUAUCACCUAUACAAAAGCUGCACUGUAAAUGUCCUGGGAUGGACGAGUUGGUUAACCAAAGGUGCUUUAUUUUGAGUACUGAUUCUGUGGAGUAUUUAGGUGUCAGUGAAACCCUCCUGCACCUUUCAUCCCCAAAAAUGUCCAAGUUUCUCCUCUUGGAUCCACACUAGGACUAGUUAUUGUGACUGGCUUUCAGGGACUAGACAUGUCGUGGCUUGUAGCUGUGUAAUUUUCUUUAACCCCAUUUUUAUACUCCAUUUACCUUAUGUUUGAUGAUACGAUUGUAUUUUGUGUGCUAUUUCUGUGACGCCUCGAUUAUUCAGAUUGUGUCAUUCUGGACCAGCUGUUCAUCAGUCACCAUUAAAGUGUUCAGACUCAAAAUGGCUGACUUCCUCUUGCUUCCCCUGUCUGCUAACAAAUCGGAUCUGACCAACACUGUCUCCAGGAAUGUGAAUGAGUGAUCCAGCUCUCCUGUCAGUCUGGUAUUUUUGAGCCAGCAGUCUGUAAAAGAUGACAGUGACUUGAACUAAGAUAUAAUUAUUUGUCUUCAACAAGUGAUUUGAUAACAAAGGGUAUUGUAAUUGCCAGUGUUUUUAAAACAGAUGUUUGCCUAUAGAAAUGCAAGGAAAUGUGCUCUUUUUAGUUUGUCAGGCAGUCUUAGGAGUCACCGCAAUAGGCAAAGGGGUUCAUAUUAACAGGGAAAGAAUUAGCAUUGCUGUUCUGUGAUUUUAUUUUUUUUCUGAAAUGGAUUUUUUGACUGUUAAAGAUCGAUAUACACCAUGAUUAAAAAUCAUUCAUGGAGAAGUGGCAUAUCCAAUAAUGUAACCUGCCUUAUUGAAUGCGUAGAGAUCAGUAAACUGCCACGUUUCA